AUCAAGAUCGAGAAGCAGGAGGAUGAAUUUGGAGAAUGUGAAUUUGCAACUAGCAACGUCAAAGAUGAGUCAUCCUCACACAAUGGUUCAACUUCCAAUCAGUUGAGCAAGAGGCAGAAGGAUGUUCAGUGGAGAGUGAACCGGAGAUGUGGCCUUCAAACUGCAGCACAUCUGAAACUGCCAAUGCAACAGAAGUUGGUGGACUGGAUGCACAUUCAAUCUCUCCAGUGGAAAAGUGCACUGAGCCAUCUGUGGCUGGCAAAAAGAUCAAGCUCUACAGCUGUGCUGACUGCAGCUAUGAAACAAGAUGGAUCAGUUAUUUAAAGAGACACAUGAGAAAACACACUGGAGAAAAGCCUUUCAGUUGUGAUCUAUGUGACUAUAAAUGUGCUCAAUCAAGUGAUUUGAAGAUACAUGUCAGAACACAUACAGGAGAAACACCUUUCAGCUGCGAGUAUUGUGACUAUAAAUGUGCUUGCUCAAGAUCUUUGAAAUCACAUAUCAGAACACAUACAGGAGAAACACCUUUCAGCUGCGAGUUUUGUGAUUAUAAAUGUGCUAUUGCAGGGAAUAUGAAAUCACAUAUCAGAACACAUACAGGAGAAACACCUUUCAGCUGCGAGUUUUGUGAAUAUAAAUGUGCUACUGCAAGUGCUUUGAAAUCACAUAUCAAAACACAUACAGGAGAAACACCUUUCAGCUGCGAGUUAUGUGACUAUAAAUGUGCUCAAUCUGGUACUUUGAAAUCACAUGUAAGAACACAUACAGGAGAAACACCUUUCAGCUGUGAGUUUUGUGAAUAUAAAUGUGCUACUGCAAGUGCUUUGAAAUCACAUAUCAGAACACAUACAGGAGAAACACCUUUCAGCUGCGAGUAUUGUGACUAUAAAUGUGCUCAAUUAACUAAUUUGAAGAAUCAUAUCAGAACACACACAGGAGAAACACCUUUCAGCUGCAAGUUUUGCGACUAUAAAUGUGCUCGGUCAUAUACUUUGAAGAAUCAUAUCAGAACACAUACAGGAGAAACACCUUACAGCUGCAAGUUUUGCGACUAUAAAUGUGCUCGGUCAUAUACUUUGAAGAAUCAUAUCAGAACACAUACAGGAGAAACACCUUUCAGCUGCGAGUUUUGUGAAUAUAAAUGUGCUACUGCAAGUGCUUUGAAAUCACAUAUCAGAACACAUACAGGAGAAACACCUUUCAGCUGCGAGUAUUGUGACUAUAAAUGUGCUCAAUCUGCUAAUUUGAAGAAACAUAUAAGAACACAUGAAGGAGAAAUAACUACUGGCUGAAAAUUUGUGACUACGUGUACUCAUUCAAAUCUAUUUUACUGUGUUUCUUAGGAUGGCCACUAAUAACAGGACAAGUGUGUUGAACAUGUGUGUACACUCAUGUCGCCAUUCAUUGUUGUGUCAUCACAGCUAAAGGCUUCAAACAACAUUUUUUGAGGUUCUGAGUAUUGGCCCACACCUUGGCUCUAUUCAAAUUGCCAGGGUCACCCUGGGCUGGCGUCUUGGGAGGGGCAGAGUAGGGGAUGCUGCUCACAGUGUGGUGUGUGCCGGCCGGUGGUUGGAGCGGCCUUUUGGGGACGGCUGGGCUCCUCGCGGUGUUCGGUGUCCUCCAGAUACACCACGGUUGUCAUCUCACAAGACUGAAAUUCUCUCCUUUCUGAUAGGUGAUAGGCCAUGCUUUUGCACUACCUGGAGGGAGGGGAGUCGCUAGGAGUGGUGGGAGAGUAGUGGCAGUCAUCACUGUCCUUGUAGUGCAUGGCAACAGGUCAAAACUUAUCAGAAAUGGUCCAGGUGUUUUCCGGACCUCAAACGAGCCUUUGUGGCUGAUUCCGGUUUGCUUCCAGAUCAAGUGGUGUUCGGUUCGUCCUCUUAGGGACCCCUAUGGGUUGCAGCAGGUCACCUAACCGGUUUUUUAAUAAAUUGAUUAUUCAAACUUAAAUACUGCAGCAAAAAAUAAAUAAACAACGUAAAUUUGGAGAUACAAAAACCUAACCUCAACAAAUUUUGCUGGAAGCCUUUCGCUGUGAUAACACAACAAUCAAUUUCAGUAAAGUGAAAUCAUAACCCUAUUUUGGACUUUUAAAGUGUUAUCUAAAUUUGGGAAAGAAAUAGUACAAGGAGUAUCCUUAGUUUUUCUCUCCCAAUCAGUGCUUCUCUCUAAAAAAUAUAAAAUAAAAUAAAUAAAUCUAUGCUAAUAUGAAGACCUGAAAUAAUUAAUGAUCUAAGAGCCAUUUUCCAAGUUCCGAGAUAAUGAGGUUUUUCUCACAGUAAGUAUUUAUUUUAAUCAAUUUAACUUUUUGAUAAAGUAAUUUUGUAAAAUGGUCCUAGUUACACAUGUAUGAGUGAUAUCUCCUUAAAAUUCCACCCCAUUUUAGAGAUUUUAAUUUUUCAAAUCUGUAAAUCAAAACAGAUCAUUGUCCACAUUUAUCAAUGGAAAUAAUGAUUUAAGUGCCACAUGCAUAAUAUUGCUAUCUAAGUACCACAUUUUUCCUCGGUCUUAUAAAAUAAGAUAUAUUAUAUUAUUUAUAGCGUUAUUAACCCCUCACAGGUUGAGAUCAUGUAAGAACAUGUAAGAUCCAUACAUAUUAAUUAUGAAACAUUAUACCUGCAAUCAUGAAAAAGCCGUUAGGCUUGAUGUUGCUGUAGUCUAUUUUUUUUAUCUAAGAAAACAAACAAAGCUAUAAUUUAAUGGGCCAGCUAGAGCCUAGGGGGCUAUGAGAACUCUCCUCAAAUCGAAUUUUAGUAUUGUUUAUUGUGCAGAAAUAGUAUUAAUUAUAAAGGAAAGAACCAAACAAAAUCAAAUUUUUUUUGUCAAAAUUAUUAAUAAACUUAGUCUUUCAUAGCUCACCUAUAAUGUUAGAUGUUCAUAGAACUCUUUGUGUCUGCUCAUUCAGAAAUGGUAUCAUACUCUUCAAAUCAGUCUUUUUUGCUUCUGAUAAUUGGGAAACACACUCAAGUCUUGGAAGGUUAAUGUUCUUGAUGUCCUCAAUAGAAAUGCCUGGUUUAAAGACAUUGACUGUCGUUCAUUGAACGUUUUUUUCACUUUGAUUUUCCCAGGGGAUAAUGCAUCAAUUUUCAACCAUAUUAAUUCAGAGAUGUUUUUGGUAUUCAAGAAUUUGUCACUGCAUUUUUUGAAAUUGAAAAAAUCAUUAUCUUCCAUCAUGUUAACUACAAAGGGAUUUUUUCACGAACAGUUUCAAUCAUUUUUUCAAGUCAUGUGGAACGUAGCACAUAGAAACACGUUUCCUUUUUUCUAUGACCGCAAAAUCGCGGUCACAGGCAAGAAAAGUAUGUCUGGCUACUAGAAACUUGUGUUGCACCUUUUUGUAUACACCAAUUGCUGUGAGAUAAAUCCAUAAAAAGAGCAGUAUCAGGUUUUUAUUUUGCCCAGCGCAAUUGUCACUCCAGGCAAUCAAGGUAUCUGUUGGGGUAACAUUUUUCAAAAUGUUUAAUAAACAUGAUGCCACUUCAUUGCCUCCUCUGCAGGAUUGGCCUUCAUGCCACAAUGUCAUAAUGGAUAAUCCAUUGUGAAAGUGAGCCCCUAAAUUGUAAGCAGAAAGCUGGCGUAGAUAGUACAUAUUGCUAUGAGUUAAAGUUGGCAAUGAGAAUACUUGCUGGAGAUCGAGAGAGAACACAUUGGUGUUGCUAUUAAUUCUUUGAGCAUUUUUACAAUCUCCUUGUAAUUGUCUUCUGGCGUUUUCAGCCUUCAAAUGAUGCAGUUUCAGUCUGGUCUGGCUCCCCUGAAGACGAUGCAAUAGUUGCAUUUAAGAGGUCACAAGUAGCACAGGUAUCUGUCCUAGUUCUUUUGAAUGACAGGUUGGGGAAUUUUUUCUUGAAGGUAUCAAAAUAAAAACGUUAUGUAACUUGAGAAUUCGGAAAUUUUUCUUUAAAAGCUUUGAAUAAUCUACUGAUAUUAAGAUCUGGAGACAAGUAUUCUUUCUGAGAUUUAUUGCGUCCAUAAUGACUAACCUCCCUUGGUAUUGAAUUAACAUGUUCACACACUGAGUUCUCAUCCUGGACCGUAUAUUUACGAUGUUCUGUCCUAUUGCCUCUUCUCUCGGUGUACAUGGGAUUGCCUGUCUGUUUCAACUCCAUCAACAUUUGCACUCUCUUAGGAACUAGAUCAAAGAUCUCUUAAAAUGUAGACCGACAUACCUGGACAAUUUCACCUUCACCAUUUGGAAUUGUAUAGAUAGCAGUAGCUUGACGCCUACUGUUUUUGGAUCAUCAUAAUUUCCAUUGCGGCUCCUUUUGACUGUCUUAACAGUAAUAAGGCCGAUGAGGUAGUUUUGUUGCUGGCAGAAAUCAGCUUUAUAAAAAUCUUCAAAUAAAGUCAGCUUUUGUGGAUGUGAGAUGUCCUUGCAACUAUAUCUACACUUACAUUUCACUUGUGGUGAUGGAGGUCUUUUACCUGGAACCAAAACAUUGUUUCUCAUUGAAUAUUCUAGACCACUGUUUCUUCUCUUCUUUCUCUCAUUGGCUGCUCGUCCUUCUCCCUUCUUUCUUAGUUUAGUUACGUUUUCACUCAUUUUACACUAUUGAAUAAUAUAAGUAUCAAAUUAUUGAAUUAAACAAUACUAUUAUGUUAUAAACACUCACUACAACAAAACCUACCAAUAGUAGAACAUAACCUCACAAAGAUGAUCCCGUGCCACCUAGGAACAUUCAGCGCGAGGAACAGUUUUGGCGCGAGGCACUUAGAUCAUUAUUAACUUUGCGCUGCAGGGAACAUAGAACUGACGCAUUCUUUCGGCAACUAUCUGAACUAAUAGAAAAAGAAUUGGUACUUCAAUCAUAAUACACAUUAACAGGCCGGGUUCAUAGAUCAAUAAUCCGGGGUUAACUAAAAAAUUGCACUUAGACCAUAAUAUUUACUUCAGGUCUUCAUAUAUGUGUAUUAUGCAUGUCUUACCGUUAGUGGCCAGCCUCAUGAAAUCAACCUUGCACUUUCCAUCACCUACUCACAGCAUUACUGCUCACAUGGUCAUCAUCCACAAUAAAAUUAUCAAGUCAUUCAAUAAAUAAUAUCAUGUUGAUAUUUUGCCCCACCAUCAACUCAACGUCAUGCAGCUUGAUCCUCUGCUUCUCCCUCAAUAGCUCUCCUAUAGUGAGGUCCACGUUAUAAUGGGAGUAUUUGAUUAACAUUGGUUUUGCUUCCCCUGUGUAUCAUUCAUCAAAGCAGAAAGCGCUAUCAUUUUCUAGCUCUGCAGCAUUGCCAGAUCAUUUUCUAACAAUGUAGAAAUAUAAUCAAUUAACAGAAUAUUCAAUCUCAAUAAUUAUGAAAAUUUAGUAUUUAAUCUUUGACAAAUAUAAAUUUUCAUGAAAAUAAAAUAUAAUUGAUCACUCUACACAAGAAUUUCCUGUUAAUAUUACAUCAGAUAUAUCAUUAUCAGCUAUCUUCAAUAGAAGACAGUGGCAAGGCAGAGAAUUGGAACGCUGUUCUACUAUCUUCCUUCACUGCCAUUAUAACAUGAACCUCACUGUAGUCAGCCUCAACCUGGUUCCACCAUCCUUGCCUAGGUCUAGAAACACUCAUGGAGCUCACACUUUCAUUUGAUUUCUGAGUAUGAUAGUGUCAUUGGUGAAACCCUGGGUUCAUACAUCAUGUAGUACAAACAGGGAAACAACAGUGAUUAGAUAUUACUAAAAAUACUGAGUCUCAUUCCAAGGUCAAUUAUUUGUAUCAGGAUAGGUUUUAAAUGGCAACAAGCUAUGAGAAGAUGUGACAUCACACUGCCUAUAAUAUUAUUAUCUAAGAUAAAUAUUCAUAGGUAUGGAAGGGGUUAGGCUAGGUAUACAGUCUGUAAUUCAGUCAAAUUGAAUUAAAUUGAUGUCCCAUUACAUUUUUUUAAUAAUUUUUUCACUAGCCCAAUGUAGAAACGGUCAAAUCAGGCAUUUCUUUUGAAACAAUAUCACAUGUACUGUUCCAUCAGAUCUUUUUGAAAAAAAACUUGAAGAAUAAACAACCGUACCUUAUAUAUAAUUUAGCAAGGCAUUAGCAUUUUCUAAUUUGAAUUAUUUGUUUGAUCUAAACUUGUUAUAUUGCUGUGGUAUUCAAGUAUUUUUGUUAAAUUGUAAUCAUUCUAUUGAUAUCUUAAUUCGAUUUUCCAUGUUAAUUUUCAGUUAUGCAGUAAUAUUCUAUUAUUCUUGAUUGUUUGAUAAUCCACAUAUAGUAGAGAUAUUAAAAAUAGACAUAAAGAGUGAAAUCGUGCUCUCUCAUGAACUGACAUUUCAAUUUUGUAUUUAAUUUCUAUUGGAUGCUAAUGUUUAAAUUAUAGAAUAAUUAUAUUAUGCAUGUAUCUCUAUUUAACUGUAACACUGUAUUUGUAUGGCUAGUCCGUAAACAAAUAAAAUUAUUAUUUAUUUA